AGUAACCAAUCGAAAACCAAUUGAACCCGUCCACCUGCAGUAAUUUGUAAACUUUACAUCUGCACCUUUACAUACACUUUCUUUUAGCUAUUUCGCCGUCGAGAUUCAACGGUUUACCUAUUACAACCUCGGUAGACUUCGAACUAUCCGGAAGCCACAAUGGAUAUCGACGACGACGAUGAUUUCUAUGCUCCCGACGAGCCGAUAACUCAGAAUGAUACAUCUUACGUUGCCGACCAUCAUAAUGCAGCUGCAUCUGCACAGUCUCAGCCUCAACAACAGCAACAACAACAACAAGACGAAGAGGAUUUAGAGGAGGGGGAAGAGGAAGAGGAAGGUGCCGACAUGGACGAGGAUGAUUCAGACAUCGAUAUAAUCACAGAACGGAAAGACGGCACAAACGCGGCCCCGCCUACCCAGUCGCGAUACAGCGAUAUACGAAACAUACCCCAAAGAUCAGCGUCAAGCGAUACGACCAAGCCUACCGCUAUCAAGAAAGAAGAUGUGCCAUCGCGAUCUACUUCAAGCCACGAACUACCCGCAGUCUCUACAUCUAAGGUUGAUGUAAACACAAUACCUAUAUACAAACCAGUAGGGAAGCCUAUCACCCAGGUCAAUAUUGAUGAAGAUUUGCCUGAUAACGAUAAACCUUGGAGGAAACCUGGUACAGACUUGAGCGACUACUUCAACUACGGCUUCGACGAGUUCACCUGGGCCUUGUAUGCCGCCAAGCAAGACAAUGUUCGCAGCGAGUACAGCUCAGACGCCAUUGCUCAGAACAACAAGAAGAUGCUGGAAGACAUGCAAAUGAUGAUGAUGGGCGGUAUGCCAGGGAUGAGCGGUGCAGGUGCAGGUACCAGUAUGCCAAAUAUGCCAGGAAUGGAUGGAAUCCCUCCUGAGAUGCAAGCGAUGAUGCAGCAGAUGAUGGCUUCCGGUCUUGACCCGAGUCAAAUGGAUGCUUCUACUAUGUCUGCCAUGUUUUCAGGUAUGCAGAAUACUGGAUCUAGUGGUGCCGGAGGACAGGGUAACCAGAAUCAGAAUUUCGGGGGUCCUGGCCAAGGGUUCGGCGGUGCCCAAGGCCAGAAUUUCGGCUACGAGCAAAGCAUGGGUCGGGGUGGAAGUGGAGGUAGCGGCGGCUUCGGCGGACGUGGCCGUGGCGGCGGACGGAGAAACUGGUAGAUCGGACCAGGUUUCCUCAUGUAUGAGUAAGUAUACUAUUAAAUAGCUUUCGACUAAUAAUGUCAAGCUACUGCUAGGCAAGACUAGGACCUCGAAUAAACGCGAGAUUUCGCGUCGCAUUAGGUUAGGUAGUUAUACAAAUCACGAUACCCAGAACAGUUACAUCUUUCUAGUUCAUUGUGGUUCAUGUUAUCUCGGUCCUGAAUCGAACGGACAUAGGAUCCAGAUGAUGAAGCUCGACUAUAGCUUGAAAGGAGCAAGACAAAAAUGACGGGCAAUGGUACUGUCAG